UUUCUUCAUAUAUACACCCAUUAUUAUUAUUAUUAUUUUCUGUAAUUUUCAUGGCCAAAUUAUCACUGCACCAGAAUUCUAACAGCAACACUACUAGUUCAAAUGUUGUCAAUGGCGCCAAUCCUGUCGCAAUGAAGCCCAAACGCACGAGGAAAACUAUUCCUCGAGACUCCCCUCCUAAGCGCAGCUCCAUCUAUCGGGGCGUAACGAGGCAUCGUUGGACUGGUCGAUAUGAAGCACAUUUGUGGGACAAAAAUUGUUGGAACGAGUCGCAGAAUAAGAAGGGAAGACAAGUCUAUCUUGGUGCAUAUGAUGAUGAAGGGGCUGCUGCACGAUCUUAUGAUUUGGCUGCACUUAAGUAUUGGGGUCGAGAUACGAUUCUCAAUUUUCCGGUUUCGACAUAUGAGAAAGAGAUAACAGAAAUGGGGCGUCAAUCAAAAGAAGAAUACAUUGGAUCCUUGAGAAGGAAAAGUAGUGGGUUUUCUAGGGGAGUCUCUAAGUAUCGAGGAGUUGCCAGACAUCAUCACAAUGGAAGAUGGGAAGCUCGAAUUGGAAGAGUGUUUGGAAAUAAGUACCUAUAUCUUGGAACUUAUGCUACACAAGAAGAGGCUGCAAUAGCAUACGACAUGGCAGCCAUAGAAUACCGCGGGCUCAACGCCGUCACCAACUUCGAUCUCAGUCGCUAUAUAAAAUGGCUGAAACCUAGCACCGCCGCCGCGGCCGCCGCCUCGACCUCCACCAACCCCAACAGCGACAUCACCGAUGCCAACAUCGGCUCAUGCUCCUCCAUCCACGACCGCGGCACCCUGCCGCCCCUCCACCAACCUCCCGACGCCGCCGCCGUAUCCCGGCCGCGGCCCACGACGGCCACCUCCGCCCUCGGCCUCCUGUUGCAAUCUUCCAAGUUCAAGGAACUGAUGGAAAUGAACAUGGCGGCGGAGUGCCCUUCCACUCCGCCGCUGCAAAACGCCGUGGUUGAAGAUGAUCAAACGUUGUUUGAAUCGAAUGAUUUCUGCAGCUACAAUGAGGAUAUCUAUGUGGAUUUUAGCUCUAUCAUGCAUCAGCCUAUUCAUUCACUGCUAAAUGGAGAAGACUCGGAGCUAUGAUUUUUCGAGUUUGGUUUCGAUUAUGUAUUUCAAAUUAUAAUUUAAUUUGUUUCAAUUAUAUAUUAAUUCUUACUACUAUUGCAUGCCAAUAGAUGUAACGUGGUUUAGGAUAGAGAAAGGGUUCUUAAUUAUAUAUUGUGAACAUAAAUUAAUGUAAUAAGUUUUAGCUAUUUUAGCUG